AUUUCGGUGAUAUCUUCUGUGAAUUAGCCGCUCAUGAGUCACAUGCAAAUGCUAACGAAGCGUUCACCGUAUUUGGAGAAGCUCAUCGCCAGUUGAGCAAGAAACAGAGUGAUUCGUUGAAGAAUUUACGGCCACUCAUUGCUGAUCUCGUCACGUACGUGGACAAAGUAGUUCCAGAUACUCAACUUACUGUGAAAAAAUAUCUUGAUGUCAAAUACGAAUACUUGUCUUACUGCUUGAAACUAAAAGAAAUGGGAU